AAAUCACUACCGUCAGUCUCGGAACGUGCUAGACUCACUGUCACCUUCGUGAACUCUACUCGACCAAGCCGUUCAGUCGGAAGGAUUUUUGUCUGCGAUGGCGAACAGGACCAAGCCGGAUUCGCUGCCAUGUUUCGGUGUGGCGUUCUCGAUGUUGAUCUACACGUUCUUCGCCAUGGCUGUUCUGAAGUCUUCUUCGGUGAUUUACGUGGGCUCGAUGCAAAUGCUCGACCUGACGAGAGAGCAAGCGUCUUGGCCGGCCACGUUCGCCGUGAUGCUCUCCCAGCUUGCCGGUCCCGCCUAUGGAUAUCUGCUGAAGAAGACCUCGGAGCGUUUCUGUCUCGUUUUAGGAGCACUUCUGUGCUCUCUGCCGAUGAUGGUGGCCGCCCUGUGGGCAACCGAAGCCGUUACACUUUGUGCUCUCAUCGGUGUUAUUCAAGGACUCGGAUCAGCUUGCAGUGAAGUGAUUCCGUUUGUGAUUCUCAUGCGACACUUCCAGAAGUAUCGAGGAACGGUCAUAUCUGGAAUGUACAUAAUCACCGCCGUAUCCGGUUUUGCGAUGCCCGUCCUCUAUGAGUACAUCCGACAGACUUACAACUUCCGAGUCUGCCUCUUCGUCAUGGGCGCUGCGAACCUUGGCAUGCUGCUUGGGUGUAUUAUCGUUGAUCGUGUCCCCGCGGCUCCUGAAUCCAACGUCGCUUCUGGCGCGCCCGGGUCAGGCUCGCAUUUCUCAGAGAUCAGUUUGAGCACAGAUAACUAUUUGGUCGGAAGCAUCCUGUUGAAGAGCCAUCAAAGUCACACGGGCUCGUUCCGCGACGUUGAGUCUCUGCGGGAGAGGAGGCCGCUCGUCAAUUCGCGACCUAAGCCAGCUGGAGCGGUUCUCGAUGCGAGCAAAAAAGGCCGGCUUUCUCUGGGCUUCAUUCACAUCACCAUCUCGAGGGCGGCCACCGUUUUCACGCUCGCAGCAUACCUCUUGGUCAUUUUGGAUUACGCGACAGAUAGACAUCUUGAUUCCGUGCAAGGUGUUCUCAUUCUGACCGUGUUCACCAUAGGGGACUUGAUGUCGCGGGUUCUGUCUGGCUCACUUAUCGACCUCCGACUGUUUGCUCACUCCUGGCUCAUGUCGGCAACCUUCCUGGUGCAGGGCGCCUCGUACCUCCUAUUAAUUUAUGUCGAUAUUUAUGGAAUGAUGCUCAUAGCCUCGUUCCUCGUCGGCCUGACUGGAGGCUGCCGAAAUAUCCUAGCGACGGUCAUGGUCACUGAGGAAUGCGAAGAAUCGAGUUUGGCGCUGAAUUUAGGAGUCAUGAACUUCGUGACCGGUAUCACUAUCGGCUUCCAGCCUUACUUGAUUGGUUACAUCCGUGAUACGCUGGGGAACUACGAACCGCUAUUCUUCGGCUUUGUGCUCGUCAACUUCGGCCUGUUCGCAACGUGGUUCAUCCAUGUUUUCUGCGAUUUCCGGAGGCGCAUUCAAGACCGCGUCUGAGGGACAGCUCGGACCAAAUGUAUAUGCGACUUCUCCUCCAUAAGUCUCGAAUGUUCACUUCUGUAUAGAGCGAGCCACAAGAACACCUGAAAAAUAUAAAGUCGAGAACAUGUACAUAU